AUGUCAUCGCAUUUGAGCGAAAUUGAGUUGGAGGACCAGAAGUACUUGAAAGAAGUCCAGGCCGUCAAGGAAUGGUGGAAAGGCCCCCGCUGGCGUUAUACCAAGCGUCAGUUCACGGCGGAGAUGGUGGUCGCAAAGCGUGGCAAUCUCAAGGUUGAGUAUGCGUCGAACGUGCAGAAUAAGAAGCUCUGGGGAAUCCUCGAGCGUCAUUAUCAGGUAGGGCGGUUGCUUCUGAACAAAACGGCCAGUGUCACAUUCGGCUGCCUGGAGCCCACGAUGAUGACACAGAUGGCCAAAUUCCUUGAGACCGUCUACGUUUCCGGGUGGCAAAGCUCCUCGACGGCGUCGUCCACGGAUGAGCCGUCUCCCGACCUAGCAGACUACCCCAUGGACACCGUCCCCCGGAAGGUCAAUCAGCUGUUCAUGGCACAACUCUUCCACGACCGGAAAAUGCGCGAAGAGCGACUCUCGGCGGCCAAGGCCGACCGUCACAGGGUUGCAAAUGUCGACUACCUGCGGCCCAUCAUCGCCGAUGCCGACACCGGGCACGGAGGAUUGACGGCAGUCAUGAAACUGACGAAGCUGUUUGUCGAGAGGGGCGCGGCAGGCAUCCACAUUGAGGAUCAGGCCCCGGGGACCAAGAAGUGUGGGCACAUGUCCGGCAAGGUAUUGGUCCCUAUCAGCGAGCAUAUCAACCGGCUCGUGGCAAUUCGGGCCCAGGCGGAUAUCAUGGGUGUGGAUCUGGUGAUUAUCGCCCGAACCGAUUCGGAGGCCGCAACACUUAUCACAUCGACGAUUGAUGACCGAGACCAUCCUUUCCUACUAGGGACAGCCAAUUUCGCCUUGCAACCAUUGAAUGACCUGAUGGUUGUCGCCGAGAAAGCGGGUAAGAGUGGUACGGCGCUGCAGGCCAUCGAGACUGAGUGGCUAUCUCAGGCUCGCCUGCAAACCUUUGACGAUGCUGUGCUCGAUCAGAUCCGGUGGACAAACCACAGUCGCCGGGAGGCACUCAUAACACGCUAUCUGACAGCCUCGAACGGCAAGAGUAACUCGCAGGCCCGGGCUAUCGCGCGUGAGCUACUGGGUGUUGAUGUUUACUGGAGCUGGGAUUCACCUCGAACCCGCGAAGGCUUCUACCGCUACCAGGGCGGGACGAAAUGCGCCGUGAACCGGGCUAAUUCGUUCGCGCCCCUUACGGACCUGUUGUGGAUGGAAACUGCCCGUCCGGACUAUGCACAGGCGAAGGAAUUUGCCGAAGGUGUCCACGCCGUUUGGCCGGAGCAAAAGCUGGCCUACAACCUGUCCCCUUCGUUCAACUGGCAAGCGGCCAUGCCGCGCACGGAACAGGAAACCAUCAUCACACGGCUGAGUGAGCUCGGCUAUUGCUGGCAGUUUAUCACGCUGGCCGGUUUGCAUACGACCGCCUUGAUCGGUCAUCAAUUUUCGAAGGCCUUUGUCGAGCAAGGCAUGCGGGCCUAUGGAGAUUUGGUACAGGAGCCGGAGAUGGAGCAGGGAGUCGACGUGGUGACCCAUCAGAAGUGGAGCGGCGCAAACUAUGUAGAUGGGCUGCUGACUAUGGUGACUGGAGGGACCAAUAGUACGGUGGCAAUGGGCGCUGGUGUGACUGAAGACCAGUUCAAGUAG